CUAGCGAGUGGCUGUACGGACCAUGAAAUCUGCGAUCCUCGUCUUGCUUGUCUUGCAGAUGGACUGGGCUUCACUUUGCACCUUUCAAAGGGAGGAUGUACCGUACGGUUCAAUUUUAGGAGGAGUAUUUACGAACGAAUCCACAUGCUUUGCUACGUGCCUCAAUAACAAGAAUUGCACGCGCCUCUGCUAUAAACAAGUUACUGGGUUUUGUGCUAUCUUCAAGGAUGGUUACCAGCAACAAGUCUCCUUUUCUGGUGAUCAAUGCUACUCUCUCCAUCGCGACUCGGUGAAGCCGCCGCAGUACUCAAGAAUUCUGAAAUUCAUCAGAAAGGAUUCGGAAUGGUUGCUUGCGUAA